CUCGUGACGUAACACUGACAACAUUGCUCGGUGUAUGUGUGUGUGCAGCUCAGGAUUAGAACCGGCAUAUCCUAACCUACAAACCGUGUCUUCUCCGAUGCAUGCCUAACACACGCACCAAGAUAAACAACAACAAUAAACAAUGAACGCCGUGACGGCCGCCUCCUGCCUGCUCGUCGCCGGUUUCAGCUGCUACCUCUACGGCAGCGACGUGUUAUCGCUGCUCAAUGUCUCUGUUGCAGAACCCUCCAUGCCUGAGCCAGGAGCUGCUGAGCGGCGGAGCCCGCAGGGAGUCCCCUACGCCGACCUACAACACAUAGUCAACGCCGACGGACUGCACCUGUUCUGCCGCUACUGGGAGCCUGACGGGCCGCCAAGGGCUCUGGUGUUUAUUGCCCAUGGAGCUGGGGAGCACUGCGGGCCGUACGAUGAGAUUGCACAGAGACUAAAGGAACUGUCCCUGCUGGUAUUUGCACACGACCACAUUGGCCAUGGUCAAAGUGAAGGAGACAGGAUGAACAUCAAAGACUUCCAGAUUUACAUCAGAGACUCCCUGCAGCACAUUGACCUGAUGAAAUCCCGUCACCCCAACCUGCCUGUAUUCAUCGUGGGUCACUCCAUGGGUGGCGCUAUCUCUAUCCUGACGGCCUGUGAGAGGCCCAAUGAUUUUGCUGGAGUGGUUCUGAUUGCACCAAUGGUCCAGAUGAACCCAGACUCAGCCACGCCAUUCAAGGUUUUUCUGGCGAAGGUUCUGAACCACAUGCUGCCAAGCCUCACUCUGGGCUCCAUCGACUCCAAAUGGGUCUCACGGGACAAGACGCAGGUGGAGGCGUAUGACGCUGAUGAGCUGAACUUCCACGGUGGCAUGCGGGUGUCGUUCGGCAUGCAGCUGAUGGGGGCAGCCGCGCGUAUCGAGAGAGAGAUCCCGUCCAUCAGCUGGCCCUUCCUGCUCCUGCACGGCGACGCUGACAAGCUCUGCGACAUGAGAGGCUCCAAGAUGAUGCACGAGAACGCUCCGAGCUCAGACAAGAAAAUCAAGGUCUACGAGGGAGGCUACCAUGCCCUUCACCAUGACCUCCCAGAGGUGGUCGAGUCCGUGUUGAAGGAGGUGACCAGCUGGAUCACAGAGCGCCUGCCCGACACGACAACCCCACAACCGCAGGGCUCCUAGAAACAUGACUUGGUCAACUCAAUCAGCGCUCCAAGGCGUCCCAAGAGGCCUGCUCACUUUCCAGCUGUCUGUCAGGCAUAACAAUACUACUACACUCUCUGGUCUGGGAAAUACAUUUGAGCAUACAGACUGACAUUAUUAAGUUGACUGACUUCAUCCUUCAUCCACAUACUGUACAAAAAAUAAUAUAUCCACCUUUCCUUUGUACCUAUAAAUCAGCCCAAGUUACAGUGAUUUAAUUUGGAUGACAGGGUCAGAAACCACUUGUUAUUGUAGAUCGUCAGCAGCAGUGGUCAGUUUCCCUCCUCAUAGGCAGGGAUGUGUCUUGUGUAUUUCGGGCAGUGGGCUUAUUUGGUUGGUUCAUCAUCUCCAUUAGACCUCAUUAAAGUUCAGCUCAAGUAAAGUAAAGUUUAAGCUACAGUAUGCUGGGGCUCAAAGUGCAAUAACAUAGCUUCCAUCACCUCGAUUAUACACAGGCCUGAUCUCUUAAGUAGUAAUACAUUAUACAUUAUUAAUCUGUGCAGGUCCUUUUUUGCUCAUCCACCAUUAACGAGGUCAAAGGUCAGCGAGAGGACUUCACCUCAGGGGCUGCUGUAGGUUCUGUGCAGGGUAAAUAAUUAAUCUCGGGGUCUUCACACUGCUUUACUGUCUUCACAGUAUCAGUAGAUGUAUAACAGCCAAUAUCACUGGAAACAACUCUCAUUUUCAGUGAGACAGUUUUGUCUCAGUUUUUUCUUUGCACCGAUAUAUUACGUGUAAGAUUUGUCUAAUUCAUCUAAACCCAACUGGGGGUCUAGUUUCAAAUAUAGUCCUAAUAAUUAUAUUUCACUUCAUAAAUCAAGGGACUCAUCCUGGCAAAAUAGUUCUUGAGAACUCAUCCCCUCCAUUUAUUGACUGAUUGACUGACCAUUUAUUAACACAAUAACUUUCCAUUUAAUGUACUAUAUCCUUUCAGUGUGCCUAGUUAGGACAGUAGGGAGAGCAGGCAAAUUAACCAGGUGAAGGGGCUCUCUCUGUGUCUCUCUGCAGGUGGGAAUUAGAGGGAGAGGGCAAAGGUCAAAAGGUCUCUACUCUAUGUUACCUUUGACCUUUAGGGUCACAGUUGACUUUAUUAUUAGUGUCGUUAUAGCCAUAUUUUCUUCAUUAAGCUCAGACUGGCUGGAGAAAGAGAGACAGCACAUUUCUCUGUAACUGUAGACAAAAGAGUAGAUGUCCGCAAUUGCUACUAAAGUGAUGUGUUCUGUUGUUCUUUUUUUCUGGUACAGUACAUUUACAAUUUAAAAAUGUACACAUAAUGGUUUUAUAGACUGAUUUCAGUGUUUCUUAGACACAGUAUAUUUAAAUUUGACUGCUUUUAGUUUGAUUUUGAAGUCAACCCUGGCUUCAAAUAGGUUUCCUACAAAACCUUAGCAAUAAUGUCAUGGUAGCCUAUAUGGUAGCCUAUAUUUUUGGUAUCUGUUAAUUAUAAGCUAGACAGACACACACUGAGCUUAGCAUUUUAUAUUGUCAGAUAGCCUGUAAUUAGAAGGUAUCGCUACACACGCUAAGCCUUUCCCACCUAUUUGAGAGAUUUAGGUUACAUCAAACAUGAAAAGGUAUCAAACGUUUAGUUUUGUGUGGGAAUUCAGACAUUUAAGUAUCUCUGUUGACUUCAGACACGCAUGUCCUAUAGAAAAUACAAAGAUAUAGAAAAAUAACUGUGCAGUUCUUGGAAAAAUACUCGACUGUGUCAUCUUGGCUUUUUAGUUAGUUUUUUUCAUUCUCACCCAGAGUUCAAAGGGACUUCUGCCGAGAAAGGGAAACUCAGAGCGGUAUCCACGGUGACCGUUACUCACGUGUAACCACGGCACAGUAGAAUAAUUUUUUUCCUCUUUGUAGUAACCAGGGUGAUCACAACAAGACUGGCAGAAUUAGAUGAAUUUCUGGCUUCAUGCCUGCACUGCCUUUCUUUCUUUCUAACUGUCCAUUUCCUCCUCUCUCACUCUCCCUAUCUCACCCCGUGUCACCCUGUUUCACCACUUUUCUUUACAGUUGCUGUGGUGACCAGCACUCUUUGUUCUGUCCAUCACAGAGCCCCUUGUUCUACUACAGAUUCAAACAUGUUCUGUCUGUCACACACACUGUCACUAGUGGUCGAUUAUUAGAACAGCAACAGGUUACAUUACAUUUGUUCUUCUUGUCGUAGAGCUGCCACUCAUUUAACAGGGGACACAUCACUUAACCUGUCACUGACUCUGCUCAGAUUAAUGCCACUAAAUGGCUUCAGGAAUGGAAAAAGCUGACAAUUCAGAGGCUGUAUUCAAGGGAGUGACAUAAAAUGUUUAUUUUUAUUGUCUCGUAUGUUUGCAAACUCUUCUAUGAUGUUGGUAUUGAGUGAAAACACUAAGUUGCAUUGGAAAAAGACAGAUGAAUGAAUUAAGAUCAGCAGGAAAAGUAUGGCCAGUUUAUACUGUAGAUUUCCUACACAAACACAAAUCAAAGUGCUUCACAGAAUGGAUAAAAUGCAUCAAAUAAGACAUAAAUAAUAAGAUGCUAAAAAGAUAAGAGUGCACGAUCUGAGUGCAUCCUGUAUUUUGCUAGUCCAAUAUCAGGUUACAUUGCUAAGGGUGCAGAUAUACAGAUGAGUGACAAGUUAAAGGAAAAACCAGCAUGAAAUGGGCACUCUGGUAGCUCACCUGGUGCACACCAUUGUGCUAAGGCUGAGUCCUUACUGCAGCGGCCUGGGUUAGAUUCCAGGCGGACCAUUUGCCACAUGUCAUCCCCUCUCUCAAUUUUUCCCCGCUUUCCCAUCUCUCUAAAGCUGUCCCUAUCUCAUAAAGCCUCAAAAAAUUAUCUUUACAAAACAACAUUAAGCAUGUUAGUAUGGAGCCAAGCCACCACAACCUCCAAAACAACUUCAGUGCUCCUUGCCAAAUCUGUGGGACUCCACAAGAUUCCAUCCAUCGUCAACCGCUUAUCCUGCGUACAGGGUCGCGGGCACAAGAUUUACUCAGGUAAUCUCAUUGAGAUCAAGAUCUCUUUUGCAAGAGAGAGCUAUGGAAAUUUCCCAAAGGUCCACUGGGUUGACGUGUAGGUGACUGUAAAGGCAGAAACAUUCUAUUCACACCAUUUUCAUACUCACUAAACCGUUCAGUGAGCCUUAGUGCACAAAAGCAUCUGCAUCCGAUGUGUUUCUUCACUCUUUCAUUCCGUUUUUUCCUUUAAUGUGUCUGUAGAUUGAUAUGUAAUGUAUUCAUCAUUCACAGUGGGUGUCAGACCCUUAACCUCAACCAGAGCUGCAGGUGUUUAUUUCACUUGCACUUCAAACACAAUCCUCUCCUGAUUGGGCUGCAGCACAGCACAUAAAGGCGACACAGUCCCAGUUGAAUAUAAACUCCUAAUGGCACCCCUGCUAUGUAACAGUACAUUUCAAAAGCUCUACCUGUCAGACUACAUGCGUGCAUAGUACUGCUGUCGUUAGCUAUGGAGGCGGAGAGAGGUGGAGAUGGAGUGAGAGGAGACGAGAAAGAGAAAGAUGAGAGAAGCUGUCAGUAACCAUGGCAGCGCGUUUUUUUUUACCCGCCUGUGAAAGAUGUGCAUUUGUUAAUGGUGCAGGAUGUACAGCAGACAUUGCUGCGCUUUCAUGAGCUGGCUGUCCAUUUUGCUGCUCUGAGGAUUCCCUUUUGUGUGAGCAUCGAGAUAAGAGAGCAAACAAUUGCUGUCAUCAGUUCACAGUGAAUAAUAAGAGCUGCACACACUCACAAAUUCAAAUCAGGCAGGUCUGCUGUUUGUACUGAAAACACACUAUUUCCAUUUUACCAGACAAUAAUUUCUCAGAGAUUUUAAGCCCAGUUUUUUCCCCUGGAUUUCAUUCCUACUCACCUGACUUAAAGGUGUGUAAUCCCUCACAUCUUGUAAAGCCUUGUUAUGUAAGCCUCCCUGAGCCAUGCCAAUGUCAUUUUCUACUGGCACGUAUACUUACACAAGCAUGAAAUGUAUGCAGGUUUGUCAUACUGAGAGAUAGCCAUGUACAGAUGCAUUGCUCUGUUAAUAUGUAAUAAUCUACUCGACUGUUAAUAUCUUUUUUAUUUAGAACAGAAGUUCUGUGUUAAGUAAGUGAGAGAAAACAAUGAAGGCCGAAGAGCACUGAAUCUAAGUGGGCUGUGACUUUUCUAACAAAGUAAAAUUUAAUUGGCCUGUCAUUACUCAAUAGGGCCGUUUUUUUUUUUAUUAUCUUGACUUUAUGACUGUUUUUAAGAAAAGAGCUAUUCUAUAUGAUGGAGGACAGAGUGGCACAUGCCAAUCUUUCUGCUAUUUUAUGAGAUUAAACUGCACUGGAAAGAUUCCGAUUGAGAUUUCCGUUCGCCUGAAAGAGUCAGUGCUUGAGUGUACAGAAAGAAUUUGAAGGGUCUUCUCUGUAUGCUGUAAAUGCAUGGAAAAAUGAAAUGUACCUGACGUUCAUCAUCUUGUUAGUAAAACACAGAUGAUCCAGGCUGUUAAAGUGUCAUCAUUUACUCCACCGAAAACCUAAGUUACAUCUUAGUUUUUAUAAAUGUGUCAUUUGAAGAUGCAGGUGCCAUUUUUAAAUGGCUGAAAUUGCAUUUUAUUACAAAACCCCAAUUCAAAUCUUUGCUGGUUUUAUCAACAGGUUUAUUUCUAGUGGCCAGACUGCUUGAUUACUGAAGAUAAUUGUAAUACACUGUUUAAAAGCAUAGCAUUGAAAAAAUCAAGACUGUGAUGUAUUGUACAAAUCUUUUAUUUAUCUUCUUCUAGAGUGUGUAUAGGAAUAUAGAGGGCUACUAUAUAUUGAUUACAUAUCAUUACAAGGCACUUUUUAUCCCAUAAAUUGUUAUGUAAUUAUUUGCUGUUGAGGCUCUUCUACAUGAAGCUCCAUAAUAGUUUUUGAGAUGGAAACAGUUUCAAGGUUGUAUGUGUGUACAGUCAGCAAUCCCAAAAAUUUAUGACAAUGUUUCUGACAUGGUUUUUUCAUAGAUUAUUUUACUACUGUGUGUUUAAGUUGGCAGUGCGUUGAAAAAGUCUUCUUGCAGUUUGUCACUGAACUUUGAAUGUUUAAACCACCUGAUGUUAAAAUGUUUUUGUUUUGUAACAGGAUGUUAACAAGCAGAGUGCAAUUGCUACAGGUUUGGGAAAAAUGCACCAGUGCUUCUUUCCCAAAUUUGCUUUUCAGGAACCUACUUUCACUUUAAUCUGGAAGUAUCGCUUCUUAAAAAAAUGAAAAAUGAAAUCAACAUGACUAAAUGUAAUAUUGUCCAUUCAUAAAACCUUCUGUUACAUCUCAAAGACAAUUUGGUUAAAAUAUGUUAAGAGAACUAAAUUGCAGGUAUCCAGUUUUCUCCCAACAGCAGCAUGUUUCUGGGGAAAAUUGAGCCUCAAAUUCUACACAAUUUAAAAGAUUUGAAUGGGAAUAUAUAUGGUGUGUUUAUUUUUUGGAUUGUGGUCUAGUGUGCCUUAUUACUAUAAUGAAUGUGUAUCUGAGCGUGUUUCUGUGUAAGUGUGUUUGUGUGUUUUGAUAUAGAUGAACUGUGCAGAUCUGCAUUAAGCAGAUCUGAUUCUCUGUUACUUGUUACUGUGCUUGUCGUCCUCCUUUCUGUCUCUUUCUGUUUAUAUCUAUCUGUCUGAAUUUCUCUCCGUCAAAUAUAGUAUCAAAAUCUUUCAAUUUAGGCUGAGCUACAGUUCAUACGUCCCUCCCAGCUCCUUCAAACACCUGUUUUGUUUUAGUCUGCCUAAAGACACCCACUGUAUCAAAAAACACAAUACUUUACAUUAAAGAUGAGGCUUUUGCCGUG